GUUACAGCUGUUUUUUAUUGUGAUAGUCAGCAAUUCACAAAAAACGGGGAGAAAACAUUUAAUUCGCUGCCAGAGAAACCAUUUGCGAGCACUUUUUCAUUAUUAUUUUGCAAUUCCAAUUAUAAGUUGAAUGUUUAUAGUUUACUAGUUUCGUGCUACCCCGUUAGAAUGUCCCUGCAAACGGGCUUGGUUUUCAUUUUCACCAUAUUAGCCUCUGUUAGUAUCGUCGCAGCAAUUAUUUUGUUGGGCUGGUUCCUCAUCUGGAAGGCGUUCCUAUCGAAGUUUCGUCUGGUUCGGGAAUUGUUGGGUCAAGAGGAGCCGGAGGAGCAGCAGCCGCCACUCGCUUGGGAUCACCAGCAUCAGCAACAGCAUCUUCAGCAACAGCACGGAAGAGCCAGGAAAGCUCGCCGAGAUUAG